GACUGGACUUACAAGCGUGCGCCGAAGUUUUUUUCUUUUUUUUCUUUUUUCGCGGAGUGCCCUCAAGCUGUACGUUUGAUUUACAGCUUGGAAUAACAAUUCAGAUCGAAUACGCUAUCUUGAACGAUUCAAAGUCCGCACCGAAAACUUUUCACCACCACCAAGCUUGCGGCGGCGGCAAGACGAGGGGCUACACAAGAGGGGCACUACUCUCACUAUCCACCAGUGCCACCUGAACAUUUGCAAGAUGCCAGACGGUGGGGGGUCGGCCACGGCCACCAUCCCAAACGGUGAAAAGGGGCCGACGACGACCGCAGCAGCAAAAGCACUGUUUGCGACGCCAUUGCCACAGUCGCCACGGUCCGACAUCCUCGAGUGGAAGUUCCCCAAGCCGCACUCGCAGUACGUGCUGACGGGCCGCUCGCGCGCGGCGUGGCACACGUCCUUUGUGAUCCCGCAGCUGAACCUGCUGCUCGACGCCGGACUGUGCGUCAACAAGGUGCGGCCGAAGCACAUCUUCCUCACACACGGCCACAGCGACCACACGCUGCUGGUCCCGGCCUUUGUGGACCGCGACGACAGGCCCGACAUCUACUGCCCCGUCGAGAUCGCGGGCAAGGUGGACGCCUUCAUCAAUGCCAAGACCAUCCUCAACUCUCGCGGCGACACGGCCGACCACGGCCUAGGCGGCGGGGCAGGCGGGCCCAAGGAAGAGGAGGAGGAGGAGGGAGUGGAUGGAGAGUGGGACGGCAAGGGCAAGAGGCCCCGCGGCGCGACACGGCUCGACACCCACGUCACGAGCGGCCUGAGGGCUAGCGACACGGUCACGCUAGCGCGAGCGAGGACCAUAACGGCGACGGCGUUCGACUGCGACCACACCACCCCCUGCCUGGGCUUCGUCUUCAGCCAGACGUCGCGCCGCCUCAAGGCCGAGCACCAGGGCCUCGGGGCGGCCGAGCUCAAGGCGCUGCGCCGGGCGGGCGUGGACGUCACGGCGCCGCACUCGACGCCCGUCUUUGCGUUCCUGGGCGACACGACGGCCAAGGUGCUCGCGGCGGCGGCGGCGGUAACGACGACGGCUGAUGACGGCGACGGCAGCAGCAGCACGGAAUCGGCGGCGCAGUGGGGCCGGUGGCUGCGCGGGGGCAUCCCCGUCGUCAUCACCGAGUGCUCGUUCCUGGAGGAGAGGCACCGGGCGCAGGCCGACAAGACCAAGCACACCAUCUGGACGGACCUCGAGCCCGUGGUGCGGCGCUGGCCCGCAACCACGUUUGUGCUGAUCCACUUCAGCCUGCGCUACGAGGACGACGAGGUCCGCCGCUUCUUCGCCGACAUGCCCGACCCGCCCGCCAACAUUGUGGUGUGGGCCGACGGCGGCGAGGGGUAGUCUAGUCCGCGGGUGGUUCCCUCCUCGUAGGUCUCACCUCGUAGGAUGCAUCUAUCCCUAACCUCACAAACAAUCGGUACCAAAGACUGUCUUCCGAGGGGCGGAUUUGGGUGUGCCCAUGUUGCCUCCUAAGCGCAUGCGUCGCCUUUGCAUCCCAUCGAGCCCCAGUAAAUGCUACUUUUGAGACGAUUGGGCUCUGGUGUGACGCCGCAAAACCCCGGGCCGAUCACCAUGGGCUGAUAAAGAGCGUAAAGUCUUGUGCUUGUUGCGCUGUUGUGAACUCCGUCUAUUGGAUGCCGACGAAAAAGCGGGUCACCAACGUCAUACCCGCCAGCUCCCUGGUGCUCCCAGUGACGCGGCUCAGCCCUUGUUUGGCACAUGAGCGAUCAUCAUAGCUGGGUCAUCGAUUUUCGUCCCGGGGCUUUGCGUCACUGGGCGCCAGGGCCAGGGUCCUUUGUCCGCGGCUGACUAUGACGGCAUCCAUGGCAGUUACAUUUAUACAGCACCUCUCAGCUCCCUACCUUUUGUGCUGGAGAUAGACCACAUCAACCCAGCAACUUG